UUUUUUUGUUUGUAUAUACAGUGUCUCAUGAAUCGAUCAUCAUCAUCAUUUUUAUUUUAUUGCACGGAGCACACAAAAUUCAAAGUACGAAAUUGUUUUAUAUUUUAUUUAUUUUUAUAUUUUAUUUGCUUUAUGUGGCCAACAAGGAAUUAAUAUAUUUUAAGGGAAUAUUUUGUAUGUAUAACGUUUUUUUUUGUUAUUUAUUUUUGCGGAUUUAACUUUUACGGAUUUUAAUAUUUAUUUUUAAAUUAAGUUUGGCUAAAAAUUUGUUAAAAUUUUCAAUUUAAUUUAAAAUUUUUCUCUUGAAACAUUCUCCAAUUUAAAUUUCUUUCCUUUAAAUUUCUCCCAAAUAAAUUCGUCAGUAAAUGUUAGUCCGCAAAUAUUAGCUUUUAAUAAUUUAUUUGUUUUAAAUCAUUCUUUGAUCUCCUAUCUAUUUUUGUGUGCCUUUUACUUUUUUUUCUAAAAAAUAAAAGAAUAUUUAUUCUUCUUUUAAAAUUAUUUAGAAAAAAAGGAAGAUAAAAAACCUUUUCUUUUUUUAUUUUUUAAGUUCUAUUUAAUAUUUUAAUAUUUUUUAAUUUUUUUGGAAUAUUUUUAUGGAUAAUCAAAAAUCAUCUUCUUUCCCUUUGAUUACUGAAAAAGAAAUGAUUAAUGCUAGAAGAAAUAAAAUUUUGGGGGAUUUGGCAGCCCUUUGUAGACGAUUAUUGGAAUGUUCUAAAGUUGAGGCUGAGGAAAGAAAAAUUGGACAUUCAAAAUGUUGUGGGACAGAAUUGGUUAAUGGAACUGCUGAUCAUGGAAAAGAGCCAGCAGCAAUUAUUAAUAAAUUACGCGAACUCGCAUCUGCUUUUGAUUCUCAAUUUUUACAGCACAAAGCUGUUGAUCCAAGAACCAUGUGGGCAAGUACUUUUUGUUCUCCCGUUCUUGAAAGAGCUGAUCUUUUUGAAAUGUCAAUUUUUGGUUUUCGUUUUUCUGGAUGUUAUAUUCCACUUCACGACCAUCCAAAAAUGUUUGGAUUUAUUCGUCCUUUACGUGGAAAAGUUAAAGUUUCUUCAUAUUCUUGGUUAGAUGCAAAUGAAGAAAAUAAACAAUUUUCACAACAAAGAAAGAAUAAUCCGAAUUUUAAUGCAAAACCUGGAUAUAUUUUACGUCCAGCAAGAUAUGAAGGCCAAGUAAUUUUAUCUCCACCAACAGAAAAAUCUUCAUCAUUAAAGAUGGCUAUUUUAGAACCAAAUAUGGCUAAUUUACAUACAAUUGAAGCUUUGGAUGAUGGGGCAACAUUUUUUGAUUUAUUAGUGCCUGGAUAUAAUAAUGACAAAGACAGAACGUGUUUUUACUAUAAUAUAAUUAGUGAUAACAAUAAAAAACACUUAACUGGAGAUAUUGUCUGGCUAGAAGGAUCAGAAGAAUCACCAGAAGAUUUUACAAUGCAACGAAUCUAA